CAUAAUUUCUAUAAACCCGCACGUCUUUCGUACUAGUGAAAGAAACUCUAAGAAACAUGAAAUUUCUCUACUUGGCUCUCUUUGUUCUCCUUGUUCAUUUGGAGUACUUAUCGGCCGCUGACCCACUACUACUUGCAUCUGCUAAAAAGGCUGUUUCUCGAAAUCCUGCAGAUUACUUGUCUUUUGAUUACUACCUUAACACAUGUCCGGACGCUGAAGGCAUCAUCCAGCAAAUAGUGGGAGCCUGGAUUCAGAAGGAUUUCACCUUGGCUCCUAGCCUCAUUCGUUUGCACUUCCACGACUGUGCUGUUAGGGGAUGUGAUGCAUCCAUUUUGCUGAACUACAAAGGAAGCGAGAGGACAGCUUAUGUGAGCAGUACUCUGAGAGGUUUCCCAGUGAUAGACGACAUUAAGAAGGCCCUCGAGAAGAGGUGCCCUAGAACUGUCUCUUGCGCUGACAUUCUCACCGCCGCCGCUAGAGACGCCACCGUUUUUGCCGGAGGUCCGUUCUGGCAAGUCCCGUUUGGGCGCAAAGAUGGGAGAAUUUCUAUUGACAAAGAAGCCGAAGUGGUCCCUCAAGGGCAUGAAAAUGUUACUACCUUGAUUAAUUAUUUCAAAGCUAAAGGUUUAGAUAUACUUGAUUUAGUCGCUCUCUCUGGAGCACACACCAUUGGUAGAGCUACUUGUGGUGCAUUUCUGAACAGGGUCUAUAACUUCAACGGAACCACAAAGCCUGAUCCCUCACUCAAUACCUCUUACUUGAAACUGUUGAAGAAAAGAUGUCAACGCUCAACGGAUCUUGUUUAUCUCGAUGUAAUAACUCCGAGGACCUUUGACACUGUUUACUACACAAAUCUUCAGAAGAAGGCAGGAUUGUUAACAACGGAUCAAGAACUCUAUUCAGAUCAAAGAACGGCUCCCUUUGUAGAAGCAAUGGCAUCUCAGCCCUUUCUCUUCGAGAACCAGUUUUUGGUGUCUAUGGUAAAGCUUGGGAACGUCGAAGUUCUUACUAGGAAUCAAGGUGAAGUUCGCUUGGAUUGCAGUUACGUCAAUAGUCGCUGAAGGGUUUCCAUGGUCCAUGUUAUUUUCCGAGUUUUUCGCAUUCAAUAAAAUUGAAGCUUGGCCUUGUGUGUCCCAAAAUGUUAGACGAUUACUUCGAUUGGCUCCAUAUAUGUAAGCGAGAUCUUUUGUAGUGGUGCAAUAUGGUAAACAUUAUUAAUUCUAUUCCACUUUUUGAAGGUAAUAUGAUGUUACACUUCAUAACAA